CUAACCUAUCUCUUUUACAUUCUCUUACCGGAUCAUCAUCUUCUUUCUUCCCAGCCGUCACAAUCACCACCGUCUCCAUGGAAACAACCACCGAAUCCCUACCCAAGACCACCUCCGACCACCCCAACAGCAUCUCCGACAACCCAAAUAAUGUUUCCGACAACCCCAACAACACAUCCUCUUCAUCUUCUUCCUCUGAAGAAGAAGAAGAAGAAGACAAUAACAACAUCAACGACACAUCUCUCGAAACCACCACCACCGCCGUCACUUCACCUAUACUACCCGACGACAACCUUCCAGACCCACAACCCCAACCUCGAAAACGACGUCGUCGAAAGAAACAGUUCCCUGAAAUGAUCCCAUCAUCAGGCGCCCGCAUUAUCCGUCACAAAUCAACUGAGAAUCAAGAAUUUGAAUACGGUUUUGAAGACGACUACACUUUAACUUCCCGCCGUCGCCGCCGUGCUUCGUCGGACUUAGAUGUCGAAACCCUGAUCGCGAUAUCUGUCGGUUUUCCCGUUGACUCGUUGACUGAGGAAGAAAUUGAAGCUAAGGUAGUUAGUUCUAUUGGUGGGACCGAACAAGCUAAUUAUAUAGUUGUUCGGAACCAUAUUUUGUCUAAAUGGAGAUCCAAUGUAAAUGUUUGGUUGGCUCGAGAACACGCCCUCGAGUCGAUCAGGACAGAACAUACCCACCUGGUCGACUCGGCGUAUUCGUUUUUGUUACAACAUGGGUAUAUUAAUUUUGGGUUGGCCGCACAAUCUGCAGCCAACCUGACCUUAUUAGAAGGUUCUGGGUCUGGGUUAGACCCAGAACCAUCUAGAGGGAAUGUUGUUGUUAUUGGGGCGGGUCUCGCGGGGUUGGUUGCCGCAAAGCAGUUAAUAUUUUUAGGGUUUAAGGUUGUGGUGUUGGAGGGACGGAUGCGGCCUGGUGGCCGUGUCCGGACAAAAAAAAUGACGGGUGGGGAGUGUGUCGCUGCCGCUGAUCUAGGCGGCAGCGUGCUUACGGGGAUUAAUGGGAAUCCUCUUGGAGUUUUGGCGAGACAAUUAGGGCUUCCGUUACAUAAGGUAAGAGAUAUUUGCCCUCUUUAUUUGCCUAAUGGGAAAACUGUAAAUCCUGAAAUUGAUUCGAAAGUUGAGGUUUCGUUUAAUAAGUUGUUAGACAGGGUUUGUAAGCUUAGGCAGACGAUGAUGGAAGAAGCGAAGUCGAUAGAUGUUCCUUUAGGUACAGCUUUAGAAGCUUUUAGACAAGUGUAUAGAGUAGCAGAAGAUCCUCAGGAGAAAAUGUUGUUAGAUUGGCAUUUAGCGAAUUUAGAAUAUGCAAAUGCUACAUUGAUGUCGAAUUUAUCGAUGGUUUUUUGGGAUCAAGAUGAUCCGUUUGAGAUGGGUGGUGAUCAUUGUUUCAUUCCUGGUGGAAACGAUAGGUUCAUUAGAGCUUUAGCGGAAAAUCUCCCUAUAUUUUAUAAUCAAACCGUACAAUGUGUAAAAUAUGGAUCAGAUGGGGUCUUGGUUUAUGCUAACGGGCAAGAAUAUCAUGCGGAUAUGGUUCUUUGUACAGUUCCAUUAGGUGUUCUCAAGAAGGAGACGAUUGAAUUCAUACCCGAUCUUCCUCAGCGGAAGAAAGAUGCAAUAGAAAGACUAGGUUUUGGGUUAUUAAAUAAGGUUGCAAUCUUGUUUCCUUAUGAUUUUUGGGGAGGUGAGAUCGAUACAUUUGGGCAUUUAUCAGAUAAGUCGAGUAUGAGAGGUGAAUUCUUUUUGUUCUAUAGCUAUUCGUCAGUAGCAGGUGGGCCGCUUCUUGUGGCUCUAGUGGCCGGAGAAGCUGCUAUAGAGUUUGAAAAAAUGUCACCUGUGGAAUCCGUGAACAGAGUUAUGGAGAUUCUUAAGGGCAUCUUCAAUCCUAAAGGAAUUGCCGUGCCUGAGCCACUUCAGGCAAUCUGCACUCGGUGGGGCCAGGAUCAGUUCUCUUAUGGGUCAUAUUCUUAUGUUGGAAUUGGUGCCUCUGGUAAUGACUAUGAUAUACUUGCUGAAAGUAUCGGAAAUGGGAGAUUGUUCUUUGCUGGAGAAGCAACAAACAAACAGUAUCCAGCGACGAUGCAUGGAGCUUUUCUUAGUGGGUUGAGAGAGGCGGCUAAUAUGCUUAGGAUUGACAAGAGGAGGAAGACAAAGUCAAACGUUUCAAACGGGUCAGCAACAAACCAGAAAGUUGAAGCUGAUUGAGAAUGUGAAUGACAAUUCACAUUGUUUGAUGGCUGCCUUCAUUAGCCCAACCACUCGGAAUCAUCACCAACGUUCUGAACUUUUCAGUUGCUGCUCAUGCUUUCUACCAUAAUUGUCUAUGGAUCCGUAUUCUUUGCUGCUGAGAGGGGUGCCUGAAACUGUCUGGAGCAACCAAACAGCAAGUAGACCAAGCUGUACUGGUACCCGCUUUGUUUGGUACAGUUUUUGUUUUCUGCCGCUAAAAACUGAUUUUAUUUCAAGAUUGUUUCAAUAGUUGGUUCUUGGUUCAGUUAAAUCCGAGUGGUGUUUCAAUUUAUUAACUUGAAACGGUGUCUUUUUAAGUGUAAUUUUUGUUCUUCAAAUUGGCACAAACUUGUGUAUUUGUUCUUCUAGGUACACCCCUUGGCUGCUGCUCAAAAGGCUUAUUAAAAGGAUGAUGUUUUCCUUGUUCAA